CGUAAGCACAUGUCAUUUAAUUUAUUUAUUGUCAAAUUCAUUGUGUCUGUAUUUUGAUUUAUAUUUAUAUAGUAUUUUUCGAUUUUUACCGGGAGUCCCGCCUUUCGGGACGUCCCAGGACGUCCUAAAAUUUACAGCUAUGGAAAAACCAGCUCGGUACAAAGCUAAAAACAAGAAGCAAGCCCCAAAACCGAAAACACCCAAAAAGCGUAAAAACGAUGGACCUACGUGUUCCAUGUUCCUAUCAGAACUGUCGAGAAAAUUGGCACACAGGAAGAAACAAGAGGAAGAAUGUAAUAACAUCGUGCAAACUAUAAUUGAUAGUAUAACAAAUGCUUUGCCAAUCAAAUUUUCACGAAGGUCUUCAUUAGAAAAAAAAGAAUCACCUGUCAAAAUAGAAGUCCUGCAAACAUUUGCACCUGAAUUAUUACCUAAUACGUUACUAGAUAUUCCUGCACCUGAGAUAGUAAAAGUUGAAGAAGAAUUCACAGAAGAUACAGAAGUGCCUCCAAAAGAGCCAUUUAAAAUGCCAAAAAUGCCUUUAGUCAGCAGUGAAGAUAUAAAACUUGCCAUAGAGAAAAGAAGACGAAACAUACAAACAGAAGAUGUUGCUAUAAAUACAGGAACCGAUCAUGACGUAGCCGCAGAAUUGACAAAACACGUGGGGACUUUGAGGAAAAUUUCACUGAUCGCUGAAGAAUUUAAUCAGAAGACUGCACGAAAUCUGAAAGAGAUUGUUGACAGUGUACAAGAAGAUUUGAUUAAGAAAUUAGAAGAAAUAAAUGCUGAACGACAAGCGAUCCUUGCACAAGUUCCAACGACGUCAGCACCAGUAGAAAUAAACAAAGAAUAAAACCUCCCCCUCUGACAGAAGACUUGACAUUUUGUACUUGAAGGACAUUUGAUUUAUUUGCCCAUCAAAUUUGUUAACGGCAAAAUGUUUUAUUAAAAUUCUAAAUUUA